UAGUAGCAAUAUUACUGAUGCAUCAAGUAUAAGCAGUGAUUUACAAAUUAUUGAGAGUAUAGAUUUUGCUAAUGAUCUUCUAGAAGUGGUGCCAUAUGAGAGUUUUAAUACUGAAGAUAAUAAUCAGAAAAAUAAAAAUAAUAAUAGUGAUCAGGAUAAAGAUAGUGACCAGAAUGAAGAUAGCAAUCAGGAGGAUAAAGAUAGUGAUAAUUUUAAAGCACUCUUAUAUGGUUUAAAUAAAAUAUAUGAAAUUACUUCAAAGAUAUUUGAAGAUGCAAAAGAAUCUAAUGAGUUAGUAAAAUUCAUCUUUGAGGUUGAGUUAGAUGAAGAUCUAAUUAAUACUGUUGCUUUAACUCAACAAGAUUUAGUUAAUAUAAAUGAUUUAAAAAUAGUUAAAGAAAGAUUUAAUCAGCUUGCUAAAAUACUUGCCAUACCACUAGACUCUGGCUCCGGCUAUUAUUGGGAAAUAAGAAAAACAUGGUUAAAAAAUGAUAGAGCUUGGAAAAGGCCAAAUAACCAGCUACCCAAAUGGCAUAGGAAUCAUAAUAUAGUGCAUGAGAAUCCAACAUAUCAUCGAGUUAAGUUUCCUGUAAAUGCAAAAGAAUGGAUUCAAAAUAAUAUUUUAUUAUAUAAUUUGCUAAGUACAGAAGUUUAUCAUCGACUCUGUACAGAUAAAUUAAUCAAUCCAGAGAUUCAUAUAACUGAGCAAGUAUACUAUUGGGUAUCUGCACUCAAUAGAGAAACCUAUAUAAAAAAUCAAGAAAAUUCAUUUUUAUCAGCAAAAAUAUAUCUUGAACAACUAAACUUAAAUAAUAAAGAAUUUAAAGUUCUAAAUUAUUUAGAAAAUGAUUUCAUACGAGCUUUGGGUUUUCUUACACCACUCUUUAAGCUUGUUGGUAUCAAUGAAGCUACUGAAAUAAUUGUAAAUUUCAUCUUCAAGACUAAUCAAGAACGAUUUGAACUUUUCGUAAUAAAUAUAAAUUGUGGUGGAUAUGGUAUGCCAAUAGCAUAUUUGUAUCUUAUAACAUUGGAUGGUAGUGAAGAAACUCGACAUGAUUCUAGAAACUUUAUAAACACUUAA